AUGGGUGUUCUUAGCAAUUUAUCUCCAUCUUCUUCUUCCCUUGCUGUUUUGCUUAUCACACUCACCACCCUGCAACUACUUGGAGCAGAAUCAAAGACCUUCUGGGGAGACAUAGAAGCUCUCAAGGAGCUCAAGAACGCUCUGGACCCCACCUCAGUGAGCCCAGGCUCAUGCAUAAGCUCAUGGGACUUCAAGCUCGACCCCUGCGACAAUCUUUUCAGCGACCGAUUCACCUGCGGCUUCAGGUGUGACCUGGUCGACUCAGCAACGAGUCGAGUCACCGAGCUCAGUCUCGACCAGGCCGGUUACUCCGGUUCGCUCUCUUCCAUCUCCUGGAACCUCCCUUACCUCCAAACCCUCGACCUCUCCAACAACUUCUUCUCCGGCUCAAUCCCCGACUCGCUCUCCAACCUGACUCGGCUGACUCGACUCGGUCUCUCCGGAAACUCCUUCUCUGGCUCCAUACCCGCAUCCAUCGGAUCACUCUCCAACCUCGAGGAGCUUUACCUCGACAGCAACAGUCUCCACGGCGCAAUCCCACCGAGUUUGAAUCGGCUGGCGAGCUUGAAACGACUCGAGCUCCAAGGGAACCAACUCAGCGGCGAGUUUCCCGAGUUGGGUUCUCUGCAAAACCUCUUCUACUUGGAUGCCAGCAACAACGCCAUUUCUGGGCAAAUCCCAUUAACCCUCCCGAGCUCUCUGCUCCAAAUCUCCAUGAGAAACAACAGCUUGCAAGGAACAGUCCCGGAAAAUAUCAAACACUUGGGUUUUUUGCAGGUGCUCGAUCUGAGUCACAACCAACUCGGUGGCUUUGUUCCCUCUUACCUCUUCGAGCACCCAUCACUCCAGCAACUCACUCUCUCUUUCAACCAAUUAUCGUCCGUACAGCCCCCAAUUUCUCUGGGCACCCAGAGCGAGAUGAUUGCCCUGGACCUCAGCAACAACCAGCUCAAAGGUCCCCUGCCAUCUUUCCUGCCCAUGAUGCCAAAGCUCUCUGCUUUGACAUUGGAGAACAACAAGUUCAUGGGUAUGAUUCCGACCCAGUACGCCUUCAAAGUGGCCGUACCCGGAUCCGGAGUCUCGGCGUUCGAGAGGCUGUUGCUGGGCGGGAAUUACUUAUUCGGACCCAUCCCGGGUCCGUUGCUGGGGCUCAAACCGGGUUCUGCAAAUGUGGGUUUGGCCGAUAACUGCUUGUACAGAUGCCCGAGAGUUUUCUUUUUUUGCCAAGGUGGUGACCAGAAAUCGCUUUCUGAGUGCAGAAGCUUCGGCCCAAUAAUCCCAUGA